GAGAGAGACAAGAGAGAGACACGAGAGAGAGAGACACGAGAGACAAGAGAGAGACACGAGAGACAAGAGAGAGACACAAGAGAGACAAGAGAGAGACACACAAGAGAGAGGGACGUGUUGUUGUCACGGCCGCGAUGUCGGCCCCGGCACACGGCGAGCAGCAGCUCGGCUCCACACGGGGGGGGGGCCUGGUGCUGCGCGCCUACCAGAUGGAGGGGGUCGAGUGGCUGCGGCGCUGCCGCGAGGGGCGGCACGGGGCGAUCCUGGCGGACGAGAUGGGCCUGGGCAAGACGUGCCAGACCAUCGCCUUCCUGCUGUCCCUCGUGCGUCGCGACCGCGUCGACCGGCCGUUCCUCAUCCUCGCGCCGCUCUCCGUGACGCACAACUGGCAGGACGAGAUGAAGAGGAUGUGCCGGCGGUCAGACCUUCACGACGAGGAGGAGAGGGGUGGAGGAGGUGGUGGUAGCGACGACGACGAGGAGGAUGAGGAGAUCUCCGUAAUCGUGUACUUGGGGGACAUCGAGAAACGGGGCAAGCUGCAGGAGAAGAUCAAAUCGGGAGCGUUCCACAUCCUGCUCACCACCUACGAGCUGUGCCUCAAGGACGCGGCCUUCCUCGGGAGGCUGCCGUGGUCCGUCCUGGUGGUGGACGAGGGCCACCGCCUCAAGUCGCAGAGCUCCCUGCUGCACCAGGCGCUGCUCGAGUUCGACAUCGGGCAGCGCGUCCUCCUCACGGGCACGCCCGUCCAGAACAACCUGGCGGAGCUCUACUCCCUGCUCAGCUUCGUGGCGACGGGCACCUUCGCGCCCGAGGGCCUGCGGGCCUUCGUGCAGCGCUUCGCGGGCGUCAGCAGCGACCCCGAGCGCGCCUCGGAGCUGGGCGACCUCCUGGGCCCCUUCGUGCUGCGCCGCCUCAAGACGGAGGUGGCGGCCGAGCUGCCCGCGAAGACGGAGCUGGUGCUCUACCACGGCGUGUCGGCGAUGCAGAAGCAGUACUACCGCGCCAUCCUGUCGCGCGACCUCGACGCCCUGGAGGACCCCACGACGGGAGCGCGCGUCAGGCUCAUGAACAUCCUCAUGCAGCUGCGCAAGUGCGUCGACCACCCCUACCUCUUCAACGGCGCCGAGCCCGAGCCCUUCGUGGAGGGCGAGCACCUGGUGAGCGCCAGCGGCAAGCUGCUGCUGCUCGACCGCAUCCUGGCGCUGCUGCGCCGCGAGGGCCACCGCGCGCUCGUCUUCUCGCAGAUGACGCGCAUGCUCGACAUCCUGCAGGACUUCCUCGAGUUUCGCGGCUACAGCUACGAGCGACUGGACGGCUCCGUGCGCGGCGAGGAGCGCCACCUGGCCAUCAAGUCGUUCGGCCAGAAGGACAUCUUCGUGUUCCUGCUGAGCACGCGCGCCGGCGGCGUCGGCCUGAACCUCACGGCCGCCGACACCGUCAUCUUCGUGGACAGCGACUUCAACCCGCAGAACGACGCGCAGGCAGCCGCGCGGGCCCACCGCAUCGGGCAGACGCGGCCGGUGAAGGUGAUCCGGCUCAUCGGGCGCAGCACCGUGGAGGAGGUCAUAUACCGGCGGGCCGAGGCCAAGCUGCGGCUCACGCACGCCGUGACGGCGCAGAUGAGGGAGGACAGCGAUUCCAACGACAUGAAGGACGAGUCUCCGAAGCAGCUGUCGGAAAUCCUGCUGGCCGGCCUCGGGACCCUGAUGGAGUCGGACGAGGGCUCGUCCGUGGAGAUGGACCUGCAGGCCAUUCUGGGAGAGAGCCGCGACGGAUGCUGGGUCAUCGAGGAGCCGCCCGCGGAAGGCGCGGACGCUCCUCCGCGACGGGGCGCCGUCCGCCGGCAGACCGAAGACGACCGGCGCAUUCUGGAGAGCGCGGAUUACUUGAGGGCGCCCGCCAGCUCGUCCGACCUCGCCGCCCUGUCGCUGCUGCGUCAGGAUAUGAACAGCCGGGCGGGCGGGCCCGGGGGUUCGUCGCAGAGUUCGGCGGCGCUGGCCCUGCCCGUCCAGCGCAAGCGGUCGCCGCUCACGGAGCAAGAGCGAGCCAAGAGGAAGGAGCGGCGCCAGCAGCUGGACAGGGAGCGCGACCGCGCCCUGGCCGUGAAGAGAGCCCGCAUGGACAUCGAGCGUCAGCGUAAGAAGCUGGCGCUCUGGAAGGAGGCCGGCUACGAGUCGCUCAACGUGGCGCUGCGCGGGGAGGGAGCCGCAUCGGAUGACGCGAGCGAAAGCGACGAAGACGUCGAGGGUGGCGCUUCGGACGAGGAGGAGGACGAAGAGGGGGAGGGGGGGCAGAUCCGCUACGUCCUGGGCGACGUGACGCUGCCCGACGCCCCCGCGGGGCGCAACGCCAUCGUGGUGCACUGCGUGGACAACUCGGGCCGCUGGGGCCACGGGGGCCUCUUCUCCGCGCUCGACAAGAGGUCGACGCAGCCCAAGCACCGCUACGCGCGCGCCGGCAAGAUGGGAGACCUGGCGCUCGGGGACGCGCACCUCAUUCCCGUGGAUGACCGCGUGAGCCGCGCCGGCGGCGUCGACACGCUGGCCCUCAUCGUGGCCCAGAGCCGCGAUCCGAACAACGUCCUGUCGGGGAUCUCGCUGGCGGCCCUGGAGACGGGCCUGAGGCGCGUGCGGCGAGCGGCACGCAGGCUCCGCGCCAGCGUCCACUUGCCGAGGAUCGGGCACGCGACGCCGGGCUUCAACUGGUACGCCACGGAGAGGCUCGUCCGCAAGCACCUGGUGUCGCGCGGCGUGCCCACGUACAUUUACUACCACCCGAGGAGGACUCGCCAAGGGGCCGCCGCGUCCACCGCCCGGCCUUCCUCCACAUCCAAACCCGCGGCCUCCGCCUCAUCCGCGGCCUCCGCCUCAUCCGCGGCCUCCGCCUCAUCCGCGGCCUCCACCUCAUCCGCGGCCUCCGCCCAAACGGCGACGCAAUCCGCAGCCACCCACAAGCCGGGCCCCAGCGUGUCCGCCUGCGUCAAACCGGCUUCAGCUGCCGCCCUCUCUCCAUCCUCUUCCUCCUCGUCGAGCCGUCCUCCUCCUCCGUCGUCGUCACCGUCUCUCGCGGCCGGCCCCGGCGACCCGAACGCGGCCGGUUCACUGUCGGGGCCGUCGGACUCCUGGUCGCUGGGGUUCCCGGACUUCAUGGCGGGGGUGCGCGCCCACUUCCUCGGGCUCCCCGCGGCGGAGGCGGCGCGCCUCGCCCGCUACCUCGUCACGUUCGACGGCGACGUGAGCGCCGGCGUCGACGCCGACACCACGCACGUGGUGACGGCGGGCCGGGAACCCGGCCCCGGCGACGCCGAGACGCUGCGGGAGGCGGUGCGCCGGCGGCCCGACCUCACCGUGGUGACGGCCGCGUGGCUCCGGACCUGCUUCUCCGCUCGCAAGAAGCUGCCCUGCGCUCCGUUCGCCGUUGACGUUUAAACGCGGCCGCUGCCGCCGCCACUCGCACUGCGUAAGGGUGUUUCCGCGGUCACGCUGCGCAGCCCUCGCGAUGGGUCUUCUGGUCGUGGGUUCUGAGGGGGUGGCGAGAUGUUAACCACCUCGCCUGGUACACAGGAGGUCGUGGGUUCGAUCCCGUCCCUGACGCCUGCUGCUGUAUAUUUGGAGUUUGCGUGUCUCUCUCUCUCUCUCCCCGUGGUCUCGUGGAUUUUUCUCCGGGUCCUUUGGUUUUUCUCCCCACAUUUAGAAUCAACGUCACCACGCAUUUAGAGUUUUCGGCUGCAAUACAUUUACACCUGAUAAGCUAAUUCGUGAAGCUAUGAUUUGUGAUAGCCAGGUCGCUUCUGAAAAAGACCUACAUUGCUCCGGGAGCCUUAGCUGGUAGAAUAAAAAAUAGUUCAGCAUAUUCUUGGUUCUUUCGGUAAAGUCACGUAGAAGGGAAACAAUAAAAAUAAUAAAAAUAUAAAACAAUUAAAUUCUCACAACGUUUCGACUGCAACACAAGCAAUCAAGAAUAUGAAUCCGUGCAGUCACGAAAGCUUUAAAUCAAAAAUAGUUCAGCGUUAUAGUUUUGUUCAUAAAAGCUCCUGUCCCUUGGAGCGGAACAGCAGAGACCGUGCCGAGCGACGCGCGGUGUGACCUGAACACACGCGUGGUGCGACCUGAACACGUGGUGCGACCUGAACACGUGGUGUGACCUGAACACGUGGUGUGACCUGAACACGUGGUGUGACCUGAACACACGCGUGGUGCGACCUGAACACGUGGUGCGACCUGAACACACGCGUGGUGCGACCUGAACACGUGGUGUGACCUGAACACACGUGGUGCGACCUGAACACGUGGUGCGACCUGAACACACGUGGUGCGACCUGAACACGUGGUGCGACCUGAACACGUGGUGCGACCUGAACACACGCGUGGUGUGACCUGAACACACGCGCGGUGUGCGCCAUGGAUCGUUUUUGCUGUUAACCUCCUCCUCCACCCCCCCCCCCCAUCGAUGUGCUGGUCGGACUUCGCGUCGAUAGCCGAAGAUAUUAUUUUUUACAUUCAGAAGGGGGCAGCCAGCGGUGCAUCACCCUGUGUCGGGGAACGCCCCCGCCCCCCGCGGAAGACGACGUGAUAGAACUACUUCUGAGCUCACUGCAGUCAUGCCCCAUGCAGAGGAUCGAAUGCCAAAUAUAUUUAAUUUGUUUUAAUUCUCAGAGCAGGACUUACGCUAAUAUAAGCGACGAAUUUAAUUACAGGGACUCCUCUGUCACCAUGGGACCUCCUUUGCCAGUACCAAAAUAUAAGAAUAGGUGUUCCCCUUUCUUCUGGCAACAAAACAGCUGUUAAGAUGUUAAAACACCAAUCAGAAAUCU